UACAGGAGAUGACCAGAGACUGCGGACAUACUACAGGAGAUGACCAGAGACUGCGGUCAUAGUACAGGAGAUGUCCAGAAACUGCAGGCAUAGUACAGGAGAUGACCAGAGACUGCGGACACAGUACAGGAGAUGACCAGAGACUGCGGACACAGUACAGGAGAUUACCAGAGACUGCGGACAUACUACAGGAGAUGACCAGAGACUGCGGACAUAGUACACUAGAUGACCAGAGACUGCGGACAUACUACAGGAGAUGACCAGAGACUGUGGACAGGAGAUGACCAGAGACUGCGGACACAGUACAGG